ACGUCUAUCAGUUUCCUUUCCCCCUUUGAGGUUUUCCAAAGUUAGUAGACUGACUCCAUGCUGAUAGAAAAACAUCUGCGGCCAACAAAACAGACACUGGCACAUCAGCCCAUUUGAAAUGGAAGAAUUUAUUUUUUUGCCUUCAUCCUAAAGCCGAAUCUGAAAGAUGCACUGAGGGAUGCAAGAAUGACUACUCGCUUGGAAUCCAUCUUCUUGUCGUCUUUUCCACAGUUGGAAUAUGUUCUCUGUUGAAUUUAUCAGACUUUUUCACUGUGAUGAGAAUGGAUUUCAUGAGACAAGAGUUCAUCGGCUCUUAUCACUUUUUCAGGCAAGGAACGGUCUUAAACUUAUGAGAAGUAUCCUGAGAACAUUUCUUUAUGAAAAAUCAAGGAUAAAGAUUUCAUCAAAAGAUCAGCGUUUCUUGCACUUCGGAAGAGUUAAGUUGUAAUUUCAAAAUAAUGGUGAUUCCAUGGCUAUAGCCGCUUCCAGUAGGAAGUAUGCUCUGAUGGGAACUGGAUGGCAGCCAAACAGAACAAGGGGCAGACAAACAAAACUACAGAAGCAGUUUCUUCAUCUGAGAAAUGUAAAUCUACAUCUCAGUGUCCUUUUUUCAUCACGAAACCAUCAGGUUCUGUUUAAAUUCUAAUCAAAAUUGAUGCAACAAUGAUCGCUUUCAAUGAGACUUCAAUGGAAACCAUGAGGGAGAACUACGUAGUGACAGCACCCAGUCCAGAGCUCACAACCCCUGCUGUGAUAGAAAGAGAGGUAGUGGCCAUGGGCUGUAUUCUUAGUGCGGUAUCCAUUUUGAUCAUCUCCACCAACCUUUUAGUCGUUAUUGCCCUGGUUCUCCUCAUCCGCAAGAGGGGCUGCCAGAGCUGGUGUUUUGUCUUAAACCUAUCAAUAGCGGACAUCUUGGUUGGCGUGGCUAUCACUGGCAUUGCCACCGAUGCUCUCGAAGGAACGACGGCCUCCAUGGAGAAGGGCAUUUGUUUGUUGCGCAUGACCUUUAUCAUGGCACCCUCUGCAGCCUCCAUCUUAACCAUGUUCUUGAUCUCACUGGACCGCUAUGUAGCUAUAAAGUUACCCCUGCGCUAUUCGCAGUUAAUGAGCGGUAAGAUGAUUGUUGUGGCUCUGGUUCCCGUCUGGAUCAUCUCGAUGACUGUGGGAUUUUUACCCAUCAUUUUGAAACCGUUGCAGAAGGAAGGUUAUCACAAAGUCUGCACGUUCUUCUCCGUCAUAGAGCCAAAGAGCAUCAUUGUGGUCUUCUGCCUUUUUUUCUUUCCAAUACUCUCAGUCUUCAUCUAUUUUUACAUGGACAUUCUGAAGAUUGCCUGUGGCCAUCAGAAGCGCAUCCGUGCCCAGCAAGCAGGUUCACGCAUUCUGACAUCUAGCCGUUACUGGGGCCACGUAAAAGCUCUGCGGACUAUUGCCGUGCUGAUUGGUUGCUUCACGCUCUGCUGGUGCCCCUUUUUUGUGGUCAGUAUUGUGCAGGUAUCAUGUCCAGCCUGUGAACUUUAUGACUUUUUGGAGAACCACCUGUGGCUGCUGGGGCUCUCAAACUCUCUAAUAAAUCCCCUUGUUUAUGCUUGCUGGCAGCGGGAAGUGAGAAGCCAGAUCGGUGAGAUCUUCGCUCAUAUUAAAGUCAGGUUGUGUUGUGUGACACACUCUGAGACGGCAGACAGAUGCCCCACAGACCACCCGAUUGUCAGUCAGGCAGUAAGGUUUCAUGACAAGAUGCUAUCCACCCCAUUAAAUUACAAUCGGUCUGUCACAAUUCCUGAACAACAUCCAGAAAAUAUUUGCAACAGAUAGGAUAUACUUUUAAUCCACUGACCAUACAUCAUUUAAUGGAUGCGGAGCUCAGACUAUUUGUCCAAAUACAACAGACACUGCUUUAUUUGAACACAAUACGUUCAAAAUAUAACCAAAUCACUUAUUUCCCAUUUCCACUUUUUCCCAGUUGUAAAAUAUAUGACUGUAAUAAAGUAAAUGCUAUUUGUGUUGUAUCUUUGAAUAGGGUUUCUCAUCAUCACUGUCAUCUUGCUAACUGAUGGUUAUAUGAGCCUUGGUGGUUAUGAGCCCUUUUAAUAAGAUGUCUGUUGAUAGUGAAAUAUUCUCUGUACAAUGGUUUUGUGCAAUAUUCAUUGU